AUGUGGUACAGAGUGAGAAAUACUGUCCAGAGUGAGGCGCUGCCAUGCCUAGUAGGCAAACGGAUUUUUAGCAGAUCUUCUGCAUCUCCCUUCUUGCCUGAGACUGGACAAAUGAAGACAUCUUCAGGUGAAAGUCCUCCAGGAUGUCGCGGGCCAAGACCUUCCUAUUUAAUGGAUGUGGCAGAGAGCAAUGUCACAGAAUCUUCAUGUAUGUCUCCUCACUUUUCCUUAUCCUCAUUGCCCAAUCUUGUGAGGGUGGACAAACAUAUGUUUCUACAUAUACGCCAUGUUGCUUUGUCCACGAACAUGCUUGUUCUAGAACCAACCCACUGUCCUGUGAAACUUCUUGCUGGACAGAACAAGUCCGCUGGACAUUUCUUCUUGACAGAAGCUGAAGAGAAGACAUCAGUUUCAGAAGAAAGACCUCCGGGACGUCGAGGGUCCAGACCUGCUAACCAUUUAAUGGGCAUGGCAACGAGAAACGGCAGUGAACCUUUAUGUGAGUCUGAUCUGAAAACUACCGCUCCCCUCUCCUUACCCCGGCUACCCAGUUUUGCAAGUCGACCAAUGAGGAUGGACAAACGUACGUCUCUGCUUGGACAUCGUGUUGAUGUGUCCACAAAAAUGCCUGUUCUGGAACCAACCCAUGUUCCUGUGAAGCCUCUUGCUGACCCACAGAAAAGAUGCAGUGUUGUUGUGGCAAGGAAUCUCACAUCUUUUCAGGGUAUUUGAUGAUGAGAAUGUUAAGU